AUGUCUUCUUCCCACACCGUCUUCAGCCAAGGCAAAAGUCGAACUUCUUCCGCCAUCCUCCCAAGGCCAUGGUGGCCGCGGAGAACACCUCCGUGCAAGCCCUCGGUUACCCCCUUAGGCUUGGAGGGUACGACACCAGCUCGUCGAAAGCGUGACAUCUUGCCAAAGUUGUCUUCCAAAAAGUGCGAACCUGCCAGAAGAUCUGCGCGCAUCCAGCGUGAGCAAGACAAGAAAGAAGAAGACCGCUCAAGAAAAGAGCGCACAGAUGCUGAAGCGGAAGAAGCGACCAUGCAGACGCAAAAGAUAGGCCCGGCCGGCGAAUGA